AUGGAAGAAUAUGAUUUUUAUAAUGUUAAAGAAUCACCAUCAAUUUAUUCAAUAAGUAGUGAAUCUAAUGAUAGUUUAGUUGAUGAAAAAGAAUGGAUUGUUUUAAAUGAAAUAAUGAAUUCUCCAUUUUUUACAGGAUCAUUUAAUGGAAAAGAAGAAUUGGUUGAAGUUUCACCAAAUGAAUUUUUAUUAUCUCCAACUUUUUCAGCAAAAAGUUAUUCAUCAAAAUCUUCAAAUAAUUCGUCAUCAUCAAAAAAAUUUAAAGGUGAAUUAUCAGAUGAUGAACUAGAUUAUUUACUUGAAAAACAAGAAAAGCAAAAAGUUUAUUCUGAAACAAGUUUCUAUUCAGCUGGAUACAAAUCAUUAAUUCUAACACCAGAAUUUUUAAUAUCCUUAAGUGUUUUCUCAAAAAAUAUGAAUUGGAUUUCAAAAGAAGUUGCUGUAAAAUGUAUUCAAUCAUCCCAGACAAUUACUCAAAUUAUUAGAAGUCAAUGCGGAACUAUUUCAGGUUUAUCAUCAAACUCACAGAGUUUCAAUAAUUGUGAAGUUGAUUUUUAG